UGCCGUCAACCGCAACAAAUUCUGGCUCCUACAAUAACCCACGGUGCUCCAUUCCACGUCCUUACUGCCCAGUAUCAAGGGAUUAGAAACAAUGUCCCGAGGCGCCUACCGGUAGACAAGCACAACCUGCCAAAAUGGCAUCCUCAUUCGUUCCACGCGCCGUCUUCCCCCCGAACCUCAACCUCCCCCGCUCAUACUUCCUUGGCCAUCAUGCCGCCGGCCUCUCGAAGAUGGUCACUAUGCUUUCACACAUCGACCUUAUCAUCGAAUGCCGAGACUACCGCGUCCCCCUCACCUCUCGGAACCCCCUCUUCGAAGGCUCACUCGCCGGCCGCCAACGACUCGUCGUCUACACGAAGCGCGAUCUCGGGAGUCGAAACCGGCCCGCCGACAAGGCGCGCGAGGCUAUAAUCCGAGACUGGCACAAGCCGCAGCAAGUUCUCUUCUCGGACCACAAGUCGAAGAAGGAUGUGCGGUCUGUGCUCGAGUUUGCGAAGCAGCAUGCCCAAGAGCUGGAUAGCUUGACGGGGAGUCGCAUGCUCAUUGUCGGCAUGCCGAACGUGGGCAAGUCCUCUCUUCUUAAUGCGCUGCGCAUGGAGGGCGUCCAUCGUGGAAAGGCGGCAUAUACGGGGGCGCAGCCGGGGAUCACACGCAAGAUUGCGUCAGGAGUUAAGAUUGUGGACCGUGACCCUGAGGCUGGCUCGGAAGGCGUGUACCUCGUUGAUACGCCUGGAGUCUUCGUGCCAUUCGUGCCGGAUCCGGAGAGCAUGCUUAAACUGGCGCUAUGUGGAAGCGUUAAGGACACGAUUAUUGCACCCACGACGCUGGUGGAUUACCUCCUCUUCCACAUAAAUAAGCACGACCCAAAACUUUAUCGCGAGUAUUGCCCGCCAACGAAUGAUGUUCAUGAGAUGCUCAAUGCAGUGUGCCAUAAGACUGGUCGGCUGCAGAAAGGAGGGGUGCCGGAUAUAGAGGCUGCAGCGCUGUGGUUGAUUCAGCGUUGGCGACAGGGGAACAUGGGGUGCUUCGUGCUCGAUGAGAUCGAAGAGGAUGGGCUUGCAAAGAAGAUGCAGGAAGAGGUUGGAACGAGUUUGAGCGCGGCCAAGAAGGCGAAGAAGGAAGCGCAGAGGCAGAGGAGUAAGACGAGAUUCUUGGAAAGCAAAGCAUAGUGGAGACUGCUGGGUGGUGUCUUUCAGAGAAUGGAUUCGCAACUGUACAGUACGACUAGAAUUCUGGGACACAGUGUAAGUUCCAUACGAUCAAUACCUCUACCCCAUCUUGGGAUAUGAUUUACGAAAACACCAAACUGUAUUAUAUUAUUGUAUAUAUAUUAAACUGUCGUAAUUAGAAUAUUAUACUGGCU